UCUCUACAAAAUUGUUGCAGAGAGAGAAAGAGAGAGUGAGAGUGAGAGUGAAAGUGAAGCUUCUGAGGCGGCGAAGGAAUCUUUGGAUCGAAUAUUUGAAGCUUCUUGGCGAAACCCACCCACCCACCCACUAGCUAGAAUUCUUCCCUCUUUUGAAAGAAAGUAUCUCUGCCCUUUGAAGGAAGGAAACUGCUUAUGCUUUCUGGAAGCUACCUGCUGAUGAUAUCUGAGUAGUUUGAAGACAGUUUAUUUAUAAUGGUUUCAAGAUCUUACUCAAAUCUAUUGGAUCUUACUUCUGGGGAUUUUCCUUCUCUUGGUCGAGUUGGAAAGAGAUUAUCUCGAGUGGCCACGGUUGCCAGCUUCAUGACUGAAGUAGACGACAGCGACAAUAGUAAUAUCAGUGUUGGGUCGGAGCCUCCUUCUUCGAUUUCUCAGGAUAGGAUGAUCAUUGUGGGUAAUCAACUCCCUCUUCGGGCCGAACGAAGAAAAAGAAGAAGAACAGAGGAUGGAGAAGAAGAAGAAGUAUGGGAUUUCAGUUGGGAUGAGGAUUCUUUACUUCUGCAACUAAAAGAUGGGUUAGGAGAAGAUAUAGAUGUCGUUUACGUGGGUUGUCUUAAGGAAGAGAUCGACCCGAUCGAACAGGACGAGGUUGCGCAAACUUUGCUGGAAACGUUUAAAUGUGUCCCGGCUUUCAUUCCUCCAGAGCUUUUCAGCAGAUACUACCAUGGUUUCUGUAAGCAGCAUCUAUGGCCUUUGUUUCACUACAUGCUUCCUUUAUCACCUGAUCUGGGAGGUCGAUUCGAUCGCUCCUUUUGGCAGGCGUACGUCUCCGUUAACAAGAUCUUCGCCGAUAAAGUAAUGGAGGUUAUUAACCCCGACGACGAUUUCGUUUGGGUACACGACUACCAUUUGAUGGUCUUACCAACAUUUCUGAGAAAAAGAUUCAACAGAUUGAAGAUGGGAUUCUUUCUUCACAGCCCAUUUCCAUCUUCCGAAAUCUACCGAACGUUACCCGUAAGAGACGAGCUCCUCCGAGCUUUACUCAACACCGAUCUCAUCGGCUUCCAUACGUUCGACUACGCUAGACACUUCCUGUCCUGUUGCAGUAGAAUGCUCGGCGUUUCUUAUCAAUCCAAACGAGGUCAUAUCGGGCUUGAAUACUAUGGCCGAAACGUCAGUAUCAAGAUUCUCCCUGUCGGGAUUCACAUGGGUCAGCUUCAAUCUGUUCUCGAUCUCCCCGAGACAGAAUCCCGUGUCGCGGAGCUCCGUGACCAGUUUAUGGAUCGAACAGUCUUGCUUGGAGUUGACGACAUGGAUAUUUUCAAAGGAAUAACCUUAAAACUAUUAGCGUUUGAACAAUUGCUCAUCCAACAUCCCGACAAGAGAGGUAAAGUUGUCCUUGUCCAGAUCGCUAAUCCGGCGAGAGGUCGUGGGAAAGACGUGCAGGAAGUUCAGUCUGAAACUUACGCCACGGUUAAGAGAAUCAACCAAACGUUUGGACGACCAAAAUAUGAACCGGUAAUCUUGAUCGAUACCCCUCUUCAGUUCUACGAAAGGAUUGCUUAUUACGUUUUAGCUGAAUGCUGUUUAGUGACUGCUGUAAGGGAUGGAAUGAACCUCAUACCUUACGAGUAUAUCAUUUGUCGACAAGGAAACGAGAAGCUAGACGAUGCUUUAGGACUUGACAAAUCGGUUCCUAAGAAGAGCAUGUUGGUUCUUUCUGAAUUUAUCGGGUGCUCCCCUUCUCUUAGUGGUGCGGUUCGUGUUAAUCCUUGGAACAUCGAUGCUGUCGCUGAAGCUAUGGAUUCGGCUUUAAUGGUUGGAGAUUUUGAGAAACAAAUGAGACAUGAAAAACAUUAUAAGUACGUGAGUACACAUGAUGUUGCUUAUUGGGCAAACAGUUUUAUGCAGGAUCUUCAACGUACCUGUAACGAACAUGUCGGUAGGAGAUGCUGGGGGAUUGGUUUCGGUUUAGGUUUUCGGGUAAUCGCAAUGGAUUCUAAUUUCAGGAAGCUUUCGGUUGAGUAUAUUGUUUCGGCUUAUAAGAGGACUAGAAACCGAGCUAUUCUCAUAGAUUACGAUAGCACGAUGACUACGACAACUCUUCCUAGUUCCGCGAGCACCACUUCUACUCUUUCGGAAGCUCGUGAAAUCUUAAACAGUUUGUGUGCGGACCCGAGAAACGUGGUGUUUAUUGUUAGCGGGAAGGACCGCAAAACGUUGUCGAAAUGGUUUUCAUCCUGUGAGAAGCUUGGAAUGGCAGCUGAGCAUGGAUAUUUUCUAAGGUCAAAUAGCGAGGAAGAAUGGGAAACUUGUGUUGCAGUUCCUGACUUCGAUUGGAAACAAAUAGCGGAACCUGUAAUGCAGCUUUACACGGAGACAACUGAUGGUUCUGCGAUUGAGAUGAAGGAGAGCACGUUAGUAUGGAAUUAUCAGCACGCGGAUCCUGAUUUCGGUUCUUGUCAGGCUAAGGAGUUGUUAGACCAUCUGGAGAGUGUUCUCGCUAAUGAAUCGGUUUCUGUGAAGAGGGGGCAGCACAUAGUAGAAGUUAAGCCUCAGGGGGUGAACAAAGGACUUGUGGCGGAGCGAUUACUAGCCACGAUGCAGAAGAAGGGGAUGCUUCCGGAUUUUGUGUUGUGCAUUGGAGAUGAUCGGUCGGAGGAGGACAUGUUUGAGGUGAUAUCGAGUGCGGCUAAAGGCUCGUCUCUGUCUCCUGUAGCGGAAGUGUUUGCUUGUACGGUUGGGCAGAAACCGAGCAAGGCUAAGUAUUUCCUCGAGGAUUCUACUGAGAUAUUGAAGAUGCUUGAGGGGCUGGCAGCUGCUUCAGAGCAGUUUGCAAGGAACCCAUGCUACAAUUAAAUUGUUUGAUGAAUUAUAGUUUAUUUGUGACAUAAUUUGCAUCUUAUAUAUUGGCUUAUUAUGUUUGAUAUGGUUGGUUUGUU